UCUAUCCCUCCCUCACUCUAUCUCUCCCUACUUUUUCCGCUUAUCUGCACUAUGAAAUUCUCAACAACUCUUCUCAAGCUUGAUAACAUCUGUUUCUAUGGUUUAAUUUAUAGCCUUGUCACUCAGAUAUUCACAUGGAUUUAUGAGACCCACCCAGGUUGAUCGCCAAAUGCUCAUUGAGUUGUAUCUUUGUAAAACCACAAAGUUCUAAGAAUGAUUUUAUAAAGGGAGCAAAGAGAUCUACUGAUGAACCUAUUGAGAAGUGGAAACGUGAUAGUCUUUUUAUUGACAAACGAGGCAAAUUCAGAAGCUUUGAUCACAAGAAAGUAUCCAGAAAGAAAGGUGGUUCUUUAAGGGGAAGAGGAUGGAAGUAUGGAUCUGGAUUCGUUGAUGGAAUUUUCCCAGUACUAAGCCCCAUUGCUCAGCAGAUUCUAAAAUUUUUACAGAAGGAAAUGGAUGCAAAUAGGAUAUGGGCUUCUCUUGAUACUCUCCCCCCCACCCACACCACAUGGGAUGAUCUUAUUAUUGUUGCUGUCCAGCUUCGUCUAAAUAAGCAUUGGAAUCCAAUCAUACUGGUCUGUGAAUGGAUAUUGUACAAGAGUUCCUUCCAGCCUGAUGUUAUGUGCUACAAUUUGCUUAUUGAUGCUUAUGGACAGAAGUCACUGUAUGAGAAGGCAGAAUCAACUUACUUGAAUCUUCUUGAAGGUCAAUGCAUUCCUACUGAAGAUACGUAUGCUCUUCUUGUAAAGGCCUACUGCAGAUGUGGACUUCUAGAGAAAUCUGAAGCCGUGUUUGCUGAGAUGAGAAGAAAUGGCCUUCCCCCAAGUACAGUUGCAUACAAUGCUUACAUUGAUGGUCUAAUGAAGGGAAGAAAUUCAGAAAAAGCUUUAGAGAUCUUUGAAAGGAUGAAGAGAGAUCACUGCAAACUAUCCACUGAAACUUAUACAAUGCUAAUUAACCUAUAUGGAAAGGAAAACAAGUCCUAUAUGGCCUUAAAGGUGUUCCAUGAAAUGAGAAGUCAGAAAUGUAAACCUAAUAUAUGCACUUAUACUGCUUUGGUAAAUGCAUUUGCUAGGGAUGGACUCUGUGAGAAAGCAGAAGAAAUAUUUGAGCAGCUUCAGGAAGCUGGAUAUGAGCCUGAUGUUUAUGCUUAUAAUGCUCUCAUGGAAGCAUACAGUCGUGCAGGUUUUCCUUAUGGGGCUGCAGAAAUAUUUUCACUUAUGCAACACAUGGGUUGUGAACCAGAUAGAGCUUCAUUCAAUAUUAUGGUGGAUGCAUAUGGGAGAUCUGGACUUCAUGAGGAUGCACAAGCUGUGUUCGAUGAGAUGAAGAGGCUCGGUAUAACCCCAACUAUGAAAUCACACAUGCUACUUCUUUCUGCCUACUCAAGAAUUGGCAAUGUAGCAAAAUGCGAAGAAAUCGUGGACCAGAUGCAGAAAUCUGGGGUCAAACCCGAUGUGUUUGUCAUCAACAGCAUGCUGAACCUCUAUGGCCGGGUGGGACAGCUAGAAAAAAUGGAAGAGGUGUGGACAGCCAUGGAAAAUGGGCCAUACGCAGCCGAUAUCAGCACCUACAACAUUUUGAUCAACACGUAUGGAAGAGCUGGGUUUCUGGACAAAAUGGAAGAGCUGUUCCGACUGCUUACUGCCAAAAAUCUGAAACCGGAUGUGGUGACUUGGACUUCUCGGCUUGGAGCGUAUUCUAGGAAGAAACAAUACCUAAGAUGCCUAGAAAUCUUCGAAGAAAUGAUCGACAAUGGCUGUUACCCGGAUGCAGGGACAGCCAAAGUACUCCUCUCUGCCUGCUCUAGCGAAUCUCAGGUUGAACAAGUUACUUCUGUAAUUAGGACCAUACACAAGGAGAUGAAGACUGCCUUGCCAGUGUGAUAUCUAGGUACCUCACCUCAAAAAGGAAGGAAACAGAAUUGUUUGCCGUUACGUUGUGCGUGUGCAUGCCUUUGGGAGCACUGGGGGGCACAGCAUUUUUUUGAAAAAAAGUAGAUGCAACGGAUACAUAUUGAUUAACAUAUUGAUUUUUUAUAUUUUUAAUGACGUGAUAAAGUAUUGAAAUUA